AUGGGAAGACAACCUUGUUGUGACAAAGUAGGAUUGAAAAGAGGUCCAUGGACCAUUGAAGAAGAUCAUAAGCUCAUGACCUUCAUCCUCAACAAUGGAAUUCAAUGCUGGCGCCUUGUUCCCAAGCUUGCUGGUUUGAUGAGAUGUGGUAAGAGUUGUAGAUUAAGGUGGAUUAAUUAUCUUAGACCUGACCUAAAGAGAGGGGCAUUAACAGAAGCUGAAGAAGAAAUGAUCAUCAAGCUCCACUCUCAGCUAGGCAAUAGGUGGUCGAAAAUAGCAGCACAUUUUCCUGGUCGUACUGAUAACGAAAUAAAAAAUCACUGGAACACUCGCAUUAAGAAAAAAUUAAAACUUCGGGGAUUAGAUCCUACGACGCACAAGCCUCUCGAUCAACCCGGGAGUUCCAUUGCAAAAAUCAACGGUGUGGAUGAUCAUAAUCAGCAGCAGAGUUCCUCAUCAGGAGAAGAAGAGAUGAUGAUGAUAAUGAAGAAUAAGGAUUACCCAAUCCCUAAUUAUGAAUAUGCACUUCAGCAGACCCUCAAUUCUAGCUUAGAUGAAAGUUUAGAAUUGGAAUCAAAUAUUAUCCCGGCAGGCUCAGAAGACAUGGAUACCUUAUCCAUGGAUAUGUAUAACCCUGAUGAUCAAAGGCAAGAACCUUACCAAACCUGGAUAGGCAGUCCUCUGCAAUGGGACCUUUUCAACAAUUUAGAUGGGAACUUUUUAUGA